AUGUCACUACCUCAAAUUCCUUCUUCUCUUCCUCAACAGUACGAUUACUUCCAACAGAUUGAGCUCAGCCAAGAAAUCAGAGACCUAAUAUCCACGCUCCCUGCGGAGGAAGGAUUGAUUUCAGGCACCACUUGGCUCAAGGCAAUUCUGUUUGCGCUAGUAAAGCGAGUGCACUAUCAUCCGCACCCUCAAAACAUAGACCACCCUUUGCUCACAAACAACUCUCAUCCUCUUGUGCCCUUCUUGGAGAAUAAGCAGCAGUCCGGUGAGAAUCAGAUUCCUGACGCUAACUCCUAUGCCCCUCCCAGGCUCUUUUCGACUCACUUACCACUAGCGCAUUUGCCACAAUCUGUUAAAGACUCUGCUUGCAAGGUUGUCUAUCUGUGUAGAAACCCUAAGGACAUAGUAGUUUCACUUUGGCACUUCACGAACAGAGUGAGACACAAGAGUCUGGAAACUAAUUCACUUGAAAAGGUAUUCCAAUACUUCUGCAGGGGAAUGAAUGGGUAUGGACCCUUCUGGGAUCAUGUACUGGGCUAUUGGAAGGAGAGCUUGGAAAGGCCUGAAACAGUGUUCUUCGUCAAAUAUGAGGAAAUGAAAGAGAAACCUGGUCUGCACUUGAGGAGGCUAGCUGAGUUCUUGGGGUGCCCAUUUUCUCCGGAAGAAGAAGCACAGGGAGUGGUGGACAAUGUCUUGAAGCUGUGUAGUUUUGAGACUUUGAGCAAUUUGGAUGUGAACAAAAACGGGAGAUUAUCGACGGGGGUGGAGAAUAGUGUAUACUUUAGGCAAGGGAAGGCUGGAGACUGGAAGAAUUAUUUGACAGCUGAGAUGGUUGAACAGCUAGACCGUAUCACUGAAGAAAAGUUGCAAGGUUCUGGAUUGAAAUUCUGAGUUUGCUCAUGCAUAUGUAUUUACUACUUCUUAGCUGUUCCUGUUUGUGUGUACUUUGAUUUUGGUCAGUUCCGAUAUCCUUUGCUAAAUCUCGAUCAUGAAAAUAAUGUAUGAACAUAUAUACUUUGAUCUAGACUAGUUCCAAGGUCGAGCAAUAUAUGAAUCCCAUUCUCCAUGAAUAAAAGGUAUUUGUGCAGUCCAAUAUGAAGGGCUAAUUAAAGUUCACACUUGAUAUCUGAUAACUAUCCAUGAGAAACGAAAAUAGAAA